GAAUGCCCUGAGUGAUGAUGUUGAUCUGAUAAAAAUUAUCCAAUGCCUGGAUCAGAAGAUGAUAGCUCAUCAAGUCUUCUAGCAAAAAUCACAGAUUUGUUAGACUCUAAUGUAAAAUUAACUCGGAAUGUUUUGUAUGGUAUUGGUCUUGUUGGAUUUAUUGUUGCAGUAAAAAAUUCAGGACUGGCACACCUCAUUACCAGUAAAUCAGACAUUCCUGCUGAGUUCAUAGCCCAGAAGGUUCGAAUUCGGAGUUAUGUGGAGGCAGUUGGAACAAGAGGAAUUGUUCACGUGCAACAUCGCCCUUUCCUGAACAUUGUACCCAAAAAGUGGAGGCCUAAAAGCCAUGUUCAGUUAGAAGUAGCACUAGUGGACAUCACACCACAGGGUGGUAAAUGGCUCCAGGACACCAUAAACCACAAGAUUGUUUGGUUUCAGCCUCUCUCAGUAAUAGAUACUUCUGUCCAAGCAAAUAUUUUAUUUCGCAAGUAUUUGACAAAACAGAGUGUGAAUGUGACUUUGGUGGGACAGGGAAUUUGUAAGAUUAAAGACUUGACCCCUGAGCAACUGAAAUCCCUCUCUUCCCCUCAAGAGGAACUGCUGAAGACAUUAUUACAUCAUCAAAAGACAGCUUCAGAAAAACAAAGAGGCAUGUGGAAAAUUCAACAACAGAAGAAAACAUGGACUGCAUCUGCCAUUAUUAACAAUAUUGUGGCUUAUCCAAUCCACUUAUGGAGGAAAAUGAGAAGAAAAUCCUCUAAAUAGUGAUACAGUACAGGAAAUGUAAAGAAAUAUAAAAUGUUGAAUAUGUUUUGCUAUGUUUUUCUUGUUUCAUGUCAUGUUUUGUUUAACUUACCGGUAAUUCAAAUACAAUUAAUGCAAAACUCAGAAA